UUCGCCUCCCCAGUCCCCCACCAUACCCAGUGCCCCGAGCAUCAAAUCUCCCCAGCCUCAGAGUUCGCCGGACUCCCCCCCCCUUCCUUCUCCGAUCCUCCCCUCGCCCGUCACCGACGCAGCUCCGGCCGGGGAGCCUCGGCCAGUUCCCCCCUCCCCCUCCGGUCAUGGCGAGAGAAUGAGGGACCGCCCCGUCGCGCGCGUGCGGCCGCCGAUCAUGCCGGUCUCGUGCUCCGACUGCUUGUCCGACCUGCUCUGCGAGGAGGACUCCGCCGGGGUCCUGUCCGACAGCUCCCCCGAGUGCUCGUCCUCGGACGCGGGCUCCCAGGCGGGGCGCGCCGAGGAGUCGGUGGUGGCCGGGUUCAUCGAGGCGGAGGGCCGCUUCCUGCCCGGGUUCGACUACGCGGCUCGGUUCCGGUCGCGGUCGCUCGACGCCUCCGCGAGGGAGGAGUCCGUUGCAUGGAUCCUCAAGGUGCAUGCCUUCUACGGAUUCCGGCCGCUGACGGCGUACCUCUCCGUCAACUACAUCGACCGCUUCCUCUACUCCAGCAGCCUGCCGCAGCCGGAUGGGUGGCCGAUGCAGCUCCUCUCGGUGGCUUGCUUGUCACUGGCUGCUAAGAUGGAGGAGCCUCUGGUUCCUUCUCUUCUGCAUCUUCAGGUUGAAGGUGCCAAGAACAUUUUUGAACCGAGGACAAUCCGCCGGAUGGAACUUCUUGUUCUAAGCGUCCUGGAUUGGAGGCUCCGAUCCAUAACGCCCUUCACCUUCAUCAGUUUCUUCGCGUGGAAGGUCGAUCCAACCGGCACCUGUGUCGGGUUUCUCGUCUCGCGGGCGACCGACGUAAUCUUUUCUAACAUCCAAGAAACUAGCUUCCUUGAGUAUCGACCGUCCUGCAUCGCUGCCGCGGCCGUGCUAUCUGCUGCGAGCGAUAUCCCGAGUCUGUCUCUAUGUAAACCGGAGAACGCGGAAUCAUGGUGCGAUGGGCUAAGCAAAGAGAAGAUCAUCAGCUGUUACCGAUUAACGCAAAAACUGGUGCGCGGUAGUAGCAAGAGGAAGGCCCCAAAAGUGCUGCCCCAGUUUAGAGUGACGACUCAGGCAAGAGCGAGGUUUAGUGACUCAUCAUCCUCGUCCUCGUUAUCGCCAUCGGACAAUAAUAAAAGGAGGAAACUAAAUAACAGCUUAUGGGUAGAUGUUGACAAAGGAAACUCCGAGCAGGGGGAAAUAGAAUAACUAAGGAAGAGAAAAAGCCAGGCAGAAAAAGGAGAGAGAGGGAGAGAGAGCGCGAGAAACCCGACGAUGGGUGGUCCCCGAGCUGUCUAGAAAGUAGAAGCCUCAGCGUUUUUUGUUGAGAGGGCUUUCUGGGGUUUGAUCAGAUUGACUUGAUGAAGUUGAGUGAUGUAGAGACCAUUAGUAUAUAAUGUAUGUAUGUACGUAUGAGAGGGGGGUUGGUGCUUUUGGAGAUUUUCUUCAUUCUUUUCUUUUUGGUUUUUCUCAAGGAGGGCAUUGCCACAAACGUUAAUGUGGGGGGGGGGGGGAGAUGGGCUGGCUUUGCUGAUUCCCAAGGGAAGAGGGGGGAGUUAUUUAAUGAUGUUCGGGUAUGAAAAGCAAAGGAGGAUAGAGAGAGAGAGAGAGAGAGAGAGAGAGAUGGUGGUGGUGGUGUUGAAAUAGUGGAGUGAUGGAGUGUGACAGAAGUGGGGGAUUUGAAUUCAAAGGCUGCAUUGAUUGUGGAAUGAAAGGGGAAGGAGAUCGUGGGACCUUCACGACUGUAUAGAAUUUUGUUUUUUGCGUUUUUGGAGAAAAGGGAGGGAGGGGAAGGGCGAAGAGACAUCUACGGUCCACGAGAUGGCAAGAUUAAGGGCAUAAAUAUAUAAUUAUUUUAAUGGUGGUGGUGAAGUAAUUCAAAGUCAAGGCCUACCACAUCUACUCCCUGAAAAGCUGAACAAGAUGCUGCUCCUCCUUGGAUGUUACUAGAGUUUUUGAGACUUGAAAGAGUGCUGUAUGGUGUGCCUUUUUCUUCUUUUCUUGGCGGGAAUCACCUUCCCCCCUUUUAAUGGCCUAGGGUUCGGCCUGACCUUAUACUGAAAUCCCUUUUUGAGUGCUGCUCCAUACGUGCGAAGGACACACGUGCGGACAAAAAAUACUUUAAAUUCUUUUUAUUUUUUUGGUUUGAGGCCCGCCCCGACCCCUGGCCCUCGCGAUGAGACGGGAGGGAGGAGGGGGCGGCACCGGCUGAUCGUUCGGCCCUCACGAACAUAAAAGGUUUUGGGACCUGUUCAUGCUGUGUUUGUAUUGGUUUCCAUGGAUCCAUGUAAUAAAACAGACUGUAUGUCUUUCAUAA